AUGGACCUUACCAAUAUUUCUCUUCGUGUGUGGAACGAACGAUUCAACUCCAGCAAACUGGAUGCUGUCGCGAAAUUUCCUUCAACCGCUGGUCUCGCAUCGGUUUUCGCGAACGACCUUUUCAUUCGCCACCACCCUGCGUCUAACUACCAGUCCAUAUGGUCUAACGACAUCAAUGUUAACCCUGCCCUAGUUCUCAAGAAGCCUUCCGAGAAGCUCUUGGACUUCCUCGGCCCCGAAUUUGACUCUGCUGGCGACAACGCCCUGCUUCAAUCACGUCCUGCCAACCUUGAGUUGGCUGACCCGCGCUCUCUGGCUGUUGACGAUGGCGAUAACUCUGACCUUGAUGUGGAGCUUCCCGGAUCGAAGCAAGUGUUCUCGCCUGUAUGCGGUUCCAAGGCUUCUUCGAUGCUGCAAGUGCUCGACCAUAGUGAAUACGUUAUCUCCGACCUUGCGCUUUGGGCUUCCGAAUUGCUUUACGAGUUCAUCAUCGACUACGCUUUACCGUUGUUACCUGACCGCCGCGACCUUGACCCUCAUGUUGUUUGCAGAAGAGCCGCCGUCGAAAUUGAGAAACUCCUUGUCACCGUCCACCAGCCCACUCAACUCGUCGUGCAUACUUUGUACUACUUGAGUCUGGCGUUCCACUCUGACGAGGCCGACCCAGCGUCAUUGGUCGACCUAUUGGAUCACCAAGGCGCUACGAUUGCUCUCGCAGUGUUUAUCCGCCAGAUCUUCCUGAUCGGCGCUGUUCUUGCCGACAAGUGGCUCAAUGACAGAAGCUUCAGCUUGAUGACUUGGAGCUCAAUUGCGAAGGACGACCAACGUGACUUGCAAGUUCUGGAACGCGUUUUCUUGAAGGUCAUAGGUUACCACACAUGGAUGCGACCGGACGAAUACAUCUCUUGGCUACAAUUUCUCCAGGAAGAGGCCGGUUUCACUUUACACGAAGGUCCUUCGUUUGUCAAGCACGCCUCAAAGACAGCGACAGACGUUCUUGAAUGCCUCUUAGCCGAGGUGCAAACACCUACUCCUUCAUUAGUCUCGUCGCCUUCCUCCACGGUAUCAUCGUCGCCUUCGCUUUCUUCUCCGUUGACUCCUCUCGAUGACUUUGCCGCGUUGCCUGUCUUCUGCUUUGAAGAGGAUGCCUUGGCCGAACAAUACUUUGAUGUCUCGCUUCUUGACGACGUUGAACUUGAUACUCUCAGUCUUACCAAGGCCCUUUGCUCAGAGGAUGACCCCAUCUUCUUCAGGGAGCCUCGUACGCACUGCUCAGCCAUCGGAUCCCCCGAAUUGGAGACCUCGUGCAAGCUGAAUGUCGACCUGUUCAAGGUGCUGGAUGAUCCUAUCUACCGGCCGUCCGAGAAGUGCCGUCCCGUUGCUCCGAUUGCGAGGCCUGGCUCGUCUCUUCUGUUUGCCGUCUGAUUUGUUGACAGCCUUGGCCUAUAUCAGCUAGAGAUUAUUCAAUCGAUCGGAGUCCGUGCCCAUUGGCAACCUGAUUGCACGACAUC